AGUAUAUAAUAAUUAUAAAAAAAAAAAAAGCACCCUUCUUUUCUUGCAUCCCCCAAACCCAAAGGUUCCCUUAUCACACGGAACAACAUACUAUUGUAUUGCUAAAUUCCCAGGUACACUCACAGAGAGUGAAGAUAAAGAACUAAAAAAUGGAGCUGAAAGUAUAUGCAGAUAGGAUGUCCCAGCCAUCUCGUGCUGUUAUUAUAUUCUGCAAGGUUAAUGGAAUAAACUUUGAAGAAAUCAAAGUGGACCUGUCCAAACGCCAGCACUUGUCUGCUGAGUUCAAAGAAAUAAACCCUAUGAGGCAAGUUCCAACUAUUGUUGAUGGAAGAUUUAAGUUGUUUGAAAGUCAUGCAAUUCUUAUCUAUCUCGCUUCUGCAUUUCCUGGAGUUGCAGAUCAUUGGUAUCCAGCUGAUGUUACCAGGAGAGCUAAAAUUCACUCAGUGUUGGAUUGGCAUCACUCCAAUCUACGCCGGGGUGCAGCCACAUUUAUUCUCCACACCGUACUAGGAGCUGCGCUUGGCCUUCCCAUGAAACCACAAGUAGCUGCUGAAGCUGAGAAAAUUUUAUCCUCGUCUCUGUCAAAGAUAGAGUCCAUUUGGCUCAAGGGGAAUGGGCGCUUCUUGGUGGGUGGCUUGCAACCAUCCAUAGCUGAUCUCAGCCUUGUUUGUGAGAUUAUGCAACUAGAGCUUUUGGAUGAGAAGGAUCGCAGUCGUGUACUAGGCCCACACAAGAAAGUUCAGCAGUGGAUUGAGGAUACAAGAAAUGCCACAAAACCUCACUUUGAUGAAGCACAUAAAUUCCUCUACAAAGCCAAAACAAAAUUUCAAGUGCAGCGGACUCUGCAAGCAAACAGUGAGAGGGAGGAGUCUAGCAUAAGAAAGGCAUUGCCUUCAAAGAUGUGAUGACUGGGUUUCUGUUUCGUCGACUAUUGUAAAUCUUAGUGUUUACAAUGCUGAGUGUUGUUGCAAGAUUGUGUAAUAAGGUUUCUGGGCUUGACAUUGUAAAUGUCACUGUUGGCUAUUGCAUCAGAGAAAAUAAAUGUGAGUUCUAUUCCAGCAUUCAACUAUGCCUUAAUUUCAACCAUUAAACCAUAUAUAUAAAUAGAUGUUAUGUAUUUUAAGUUUCCGUUCCCCCUACCUUAUUAUGUGAAGUGGAAAGUCUUCACUUGUUAUUCUAUAUAGCGACUUGUCAAGUCUAUGAAAACUUGCUUUUUUA